AUGCUAAAUCUUGAAGACUAUUUAUUUUCAUCUCAAGAAUUUUAUAACCCAACUGAAAUCGAUACUAAUACUUUGGCUUUCCCAACUAAACUAAAUGGCUACAAAAGUUACAGAUACAGGGAUAACAUUCGAUCUUCACAUCUAAUAAGUCCAAUUGAUAUGAUAUUCGAUAACAACGAAGUUGCUCCCUUGGAUGCUAGUUUACGUGCAUUACCUGAAAGUUCAUCUUCUAGUUCAAAUGAUACUGAACUUGUAAAUCAAUUGCAGUACUAUAAUUCAGAAGAUUGUAAUUCUAGCGUCACAAGUAAAACUUCACAAGGUUCAACUAAUACGUUGAAUAUAUUUGAUUAUCCACAGGUUGAGCCUCAAUCCCCAUUCCACACAGAUGACUUGACGAGAUCGGGAAGCAAGGAGUCCGCGUAUGUUAAACAGCCAAGACAGAGUCGCUAUAACACAACUAAGGAAGUGUUAAGAAGCUACAGUAAAAGAAAUGAUAAAAUUAACAAAAGCGACUUAGGUAUUCAAGAUAAUAUUGAAAGCAAUCAUACUAAAAGACAACGCCAAAAAAAGGUCUCAGAUUCUAGAUUGUCAGCUCAUGGGUUAGCUGAAGUUUUGCAACUAGACUCCCCUGAAGAAGCUUUAGAAAGAGAAAAGAAUAUUUUAGAUAUAUUCGAAAAUGAGUUGCAUUAUCCUUUAGGCUAUAAAACCUGGGUCCGUGACACAAAAAAAGAAGAAAGAAUGGAAUUGAUGCACGAAUUAUAUAAUAGAGUCAAUUGUAAAUAUCCUCAUUACAAUUACAAUAUAUCAAUUCUAGAAACUAUAAUCAGAAGAGCGACGUAUUAUAUGAUGCAAAGUAGACUGAGAAGGGAACGUAGAGCAAAGAUAAAAAACGUCAAAGAUAAAAGAACUGUCGAAUUAGUAUGA